CUACUCUCCCCUGAAGUGUUUCCCAGCUGACGAUGGUUCGGUCGGGUUGCACUCUGGCAAAAAGGGUUUUCCUUGUUCGCUCAUUUCCCGUUCGCGGUUCGUUCGGUUCGGUCGCAUCUUUCCGUAGCACCUGUAUCCCGGUCGAUCCCGGUCCGUCUUUGUCUAGAGAGGGGGUGGUGGUCUAAGUGGUUGUGUGGUAGCGAGGGACGUCGUUGUGGUCCGGCGUGUCAAUGGAAACUAGUGAUUCCGGCUCUAGUGCAGUCCCUCCUAAAUGGAUUAGUCGCGUCACCAUCGCAGUCAGUUACUAUUGGUUCGAUAUUUAGUUUUAAAGGUGUCUCUAUCAUUCCGACGAAUCGAGCCACAAGAUUGAUUAUCUACAUCGUUGUGAAGCAGCAGGAAGCAGCUCGCAUAAGUGGAUAAUUAGGGAAACGUAGUACCUUUGUCAUCCCCAACCCCAUUCCAUUUCUGGUGGAACACCGAACAAGGAGUACCUACGUCUGGAGUACGGAGAUGAAGGUGAUUGAGCUAUACAUAAUUUAAUUAUUACUCGGAAACAUAUACAGCGAACGGCAUGGCACAAAGCGAGCAGCAGUUUUUGAAAGGCGAAAGUCAACGGAACACUCCGACGGUUAAAACGACGCAGCCAGCAUGGAUGCGGUUCUUGUCCGAGAACAAGCUGAUCCUGGUGACCUUGAGUGGUGUGCUGUUGGGCGUUGUACUUGGCUUCACGCUUCGACCGUUGGAACUCUCGGAAGACACCAUUAUGUUGAUCGCCUAUCCGGGCGAGCUGUUCAUGCGGGUGUUGAAACUGAUGAUCCUUCCGCUGGUGAUCGCCAGUCUGAUUAGUGGUUCUUCCAGCUUGAACGCCAAACUGAAUGGGAAGAUUGCCCUGCGGACGUUUGCCUACUUUGCACUGACGUCGCUGUUGAAUGCCAUUUUGGGAACCACCUUGGUCCUGCUGAUUCACCCGGGCGACCCACGAAUGCACGAAGCAAUGGUGGAGUAUUCGGUUUCCGGUGGGAAAACUGUGUCGCUGAUGGACAGCAUACUGGAUUUGGGACGGAACAUCUUCCCGGACAACAUCUUCCAGGCAGCUCUGCAGCAAGCUCACACGGUUUACGUUCCGCGCUCGAAUGCCAACAAUGCAAGUAGCGUGUUUCCGGUGGUGAACGCAAAACCGACUGCUCAAAACACUUUCACUUGGAGCGACGAGGACGAAUUGAUUCGGAUUGUUGAGUACAGACCUGGCACUAAUACUCUAGGAAUCGUAUUUUUCUGCUUGGUUUUUGGAACGCUUUUGGGAACGAUUGGCAGUAAGGGGUAUGUGGUGAUUCAAUUCUUUGGGGCGAUUUUUGACGUCAUCAUGAAGAUGGUCACCGGAGUGAUGUGGUUGACUCCGAUCGGCGUUGGAAGCGUCAUCGCGGGUAAGAUUUUGGCUGUGAGUGACAUCAGCUUGGUUAUGACCCAACUGGCCUGGUUCAUCUUUACGGUGCUGUUCGGAGUGCUUCUCUACCAAUGGAUCAUUGUGCAGUUCAUAUAUUUCAUGUUUUUGAAGAAGAACCCGUUCAAGUUAUACGUGGCGCUAAUUCAACCGAUGCUGACCGCGUUUGCCACGGCUUCCACUGCUGCGGCCCUGCCGUUGACCUUCCGGUGCAUGGAGCAUAAGGUGAAGAUCGAUACCCGAAUCACCCGGUUUGUACUUCCCAUUGGGGCCAACAUCAACAUGGAUGGCACUGCGCUGUUCAUCUCGAUUGCAUCGAUUUUUAUUACUCAAAUGAGUAGCAUGGAGUUGAACUUCGGGCAAAUUUUGACCGUUGUGUUGACGUCGACGGCGGCUUCCAUGAGCUCAGCUAGUAUUCCGAGCGCUGCAUUGGUGCUACUGCUGGUUGUCCUGACGGCGAUCGAUGCACCGAUGCACAACGUGACACUAUUGUUUGCGGUGGAUUGGUGUGUUGAUCGCAUCCGCACGACCAACAACUUCCUCGGCGAUUGCUACUGUGCUGCCAUCGUGGAGCACCUGUCCAAGAAGGAACUCAAACUUACCGAUUCGGACCCGCAGCAAUCCUACCGCGAGGACGACGAGCUUACCCUGGACGGAGAGGGCAAGAUCCCUUCCCGACCGACCAUCGAGGUUUAAUUGACAUUUUUACCAAAGAAUGAACGAUUCGAUUUUUGAAGCAUGAGCAAUUUCAAUGGGGUGAGGAUUUUGACGAAUUUGUGGUUCACAAACAGUUUGUGGGGACCAAUUAUUACACCUACACUUAAAUGAAGCUGAAUUUAGAGAUAUUUGAAAACCAGUUCCGCAAAGCGAGUAGCUGAGUAGCUGAGAGAACCUCCUCCAGUAGAGUAGCAGACUGUACGCUGACGGUUAGAGCCAGCAAAUGUGAUAUUAAAUACUUGUCUAAUAGCAAUUUAUGUAACCAUCGAGAACAACUAUCAACAAUAAUAGUUAGUAGAAUUGA